CGUGCAUUUAAAAUUGGAUCGGCUGCGUGCGCAGUCGGCUCGGUAUCGAGCGUCAGUGUCAGUUGUCAGUUGUCAGCCGGGCCUGACGGACGCGUGUCGUGUAUCUCGUACUGCGGAGCUUCCACCAUGGCUCUGCUCAGACGACUCGUUGUGAACGCUCCCCGCAACGUGAGGGUGCUGUCGACGCCUUCGCCGGCAUCGCGGGACGAACUCGACCUGACCUUUAACAGUCCGAAAGACGCGUUCAAGAGCAAGAAAACCAGCGAACUAGUCCGGGCCUACUUCGUCUAUCAAAUAUGUUCGGUGAACUGGCUCGUAGAGAACAACGACAUGUUGAUGAAGAGGCUCCGCCAAGUGGUCGGCCAGAGGUUUUUCGAGGCCAUCAUGAAGGCAACCUUCUACGGGCAGUUCGUAGCCGGGGAAGACCAGAACAAAAUCCGACCGACUAUUGAAAGGCUCCGUUCUUUCGGCGUCAAGUCGAUCUUGGAUUACUCCGUUGAGGAAGACCUGUCCCAGGAGGAGGCAGAGAAACGUGAAGUCAGUGCUUCUAUAUCCGCGUGCGGCGACAUGCAAGAAGAGGGUCAGCUGAAGCAGUACCACGUAGAGCAGAGGUUCGCCGACAGGCGCUACAAGGUGACCAGCGCCAGGACCUACUUCUACCUCAACGAAGCCUCCUGCGAGAAGAACAUGGAAGCCUUCUUGAGGAGCAUUGAUGCUGUCGCCGGCAUCACCAAGAGCACAGGGCUGAUGGCCAUCAAGUUGACAGCUCUCGGAAGGCCCCAACUACUUCUGCAACUCUCGGAGGUGAUCAUGCGCGCUCGUAACUACAUGCAGCAGAUAGCUGGUGGGACAGGCAACGUCUUGACUCACCACAAGACCAUCGAGGACUUCCAGAGGUACUUCGGUGAUCACAGCACCAAGCCUGAGGUCCAGCAGUUCAUGAAGAAGAUCACGUCUGACAAAGAGGGCGUGCUUCAUCUAUUCCCGUGGGACCGGAUCGUCCAUUUAUUCCCGUGGUCGAAUAUUCUCGACGAGGACAUGAACUUGUCGGAGUCGUUUAGGGUGCCCGAUCCUAAAACGGGUCAGAUGAGGAGACUCAUAUCACAGAUAUCGACGAAAGAGGAAGAGAUGUUCAGGAAUAUGCUCCGCCGUCUCAACCACAUCAUCCAGGUGGCGAACGAGGCUGACGUGAGAGUCAUGAUCGACGCUGAGCAGACUUACUUCCAGCCCGCCAUCUCGAGGAUCUGUCUCGAAAUGAUGAGGAGAUACAAUAAGGACAAGUUCCUGGUCUUCAACACUUACCAGACGUACUUGAAGAAUACGUACAAUGAGAUCGUGACUGAUCUAGAACAGGCCCACAGGCAGAACUUCUUCUGGGGGGCGAAGCUUGUGCGUGGCGCUUAUAUCGAGCAGGAGCGAGCACGCGCUGCCGCCAUGGGAUACGAGGAUCCCACGUGCGAGAACGUGGACGCCACCACCGCAUCCUUCCACAAGUGCCUCAAGGAAAUUCUCAGCAGGGUUAAAUCCGGCAAGACCGGCCUCGGCAUCAUGGUGGCUUCUCACAACGAGGAUACUGUCCGCUACGCCAUUCAACUGAUGAAGGAACAUAAUAUCAAGCCUGAAGACAAGGUCGUCUGCUUCGGUCAGCUGCUUGGAAUGUGUGAUCACAUCACUUUUCCUUUAGGUCAAGCUGGUUAUUCGGUCUACAAGUACGUGCCAUAUGGACCGGUAGUUGAAGUGCUACCGUAUCUAUCGCGGAGGGCGAACGAAAACCGGGGCUUCCUCAAGAAAAUCAAGAAGGAGAAGAAGCUACUCCUCAAAGAAAUCGUCCGCAGGGUCGUUUCUGGUCAAAUGUUUUACAAGCCCAUCGGGAAUUACACGCCUGUCUAAAUCACUAAUGCCAUAAAAAUUGUCCAGUUUUUUCCGUUUUUUUUCACCCCGACAGCGCUAUUAUUAUAACGCUUAAUAGCGUAGCGUUUUAUUGAAAUAGCGGCAAAGUAGCAGCGCUAGCGGUUAAUAAUUAGCAGCGUAUUAUGAUUAAUCGUUUUCGGAACUAUCACCGAGGAACGAACUGGUGAUUAAUUACAAUGAAGUUUCAUCAAACGAUUUACGACUAUCGUUCACUUUCAACUAUCUGAAGAGCGAAAAAUAGUAUCUUUUAUCGGAAAUAUGCCUCAGUAUUUAUUUGUCCAAAUAAAGUACAACGCUUACGUUUAGUGUUUUGAAACAUGUUUGUUAAUUAUUAUAUAUAGCAGUUGUCCAUAAUAUGCGUAGUAGUUAUUAAAAAACUAAAUAAUAAAAAAAAAGUAGGAAUUAUAAGUUUGUAAUAAAAAAUAUGGGAAAAUAAAAUAUAUAAGUACCCACGUAAAGUUAUCAUAACACAGGGUUUAACUUUGAUGAGACAUGUUGUUAUGUAACCGUUGAAACUUUAAUGUUAAUAACUUGGUUAUGAACCUGUUAGUGUGGUAUUUGAAUCAUGAUAAAAAGUUACUGAACCAUUUGAGUCGUCUAUUAUCAAAUCUGUGCAUUUGGACAAAAAAAUGUUAUUGAUAUGUCAAUACAGAUUGAUUUGAAUAUAAUCGUCUCCUUCAAAGAAUACGGUUCAAAACCUGCAUUAAAUAAAGUAUUAACUUAACCUGUUAUUUAUCUAAGAUGUCGUUCAGAAGAGUUUUGUGACUGCCAAUGGAAUACAAAGUCAAUAAUUCGUUUUUCUGAUUUACCAAUAAUUGUCCAAAAGUCACAUUGCCGGCUUUGAUAAUAGUCGACUCAUUUGAUCUUUUUUUGUUUUUUAUAAACUAAGCAUUUCGAUGUGUGUUUUCAUUAAAUCACGUGUUGCAAUUUAAUUUUCUCAGUGUUAUGUCUUUAUAUACAAUUGAAAGAGUGCUAAAGAUAUCUGGUGAACAUUAAGCCGCCAUCGCAUCGUCAAUUGCAAAGCUUAUCUGUAAAUUCGUGGGUCCAUGAACACGAAAGAAGAUUAAAAUGUUUUUUGUUAACUCACACGAUGCGGUGACAGCGAUUAUAACAGCGGUAAUAGCGGUAAUAGCGAUUUAUUUCCGUCUUAAAAUGCUCGAAGAAUUAUGAAUCUCACUCGAAGGUAUUAAAGACAAUCGGCUUACGUGUUUCGACGAUUUUUUUUUAAAUAAAAUAUCGUAUGAUUUGAAACUGCUUUGAUAAAUAAAAGUAAAAAAAAAGGCAAAAAAGCAUUUUCGUAUCCUUAUUUUUUCAGUUACUUUGUUUUAAGUAUUGUGUUAGUCCUGUUCAUAUUCUGUGUUCUGUAAUAAGGUUUUAUUUAUUUAUUUAUUUAUGUAUUGAUUUAGACGAAACAGGUUUAUUAAAUUGACGCGAUUAAAUUUAAAAACGUUUACAAGAACCUAUGAUUGCUAUGAUACUUUGACUUGAUUGCCUUGCCCUCACUCUUUGGGAGUGUCGUAUGAGUGUGAGCAAGACAGAAGGCAAGUCGAAAGAUAUUGUUUAAAAGAUCUUGCGUCUUGUUCCUAUACUGUAAGAAUUUAAAUUAUUUAUUAAUAUGAGUAUUGUGUUAAUACAUCCGGCUUAUGUUUAUGGAUAAAUAUCUUGCAAAUGGAAGAAGCGGCUCACUGGACGACAAUUUGAGUAUUACAAUGAACUUAUUCUAUAAUGUACUUAAAUUCUAGUAUGCGGGCGUAAUUGUAGCGACAUGGCUUGCGCUAUGUAGGUACACUAGAUCAGUGAUUCUCAACCACUGUUCCGCGGCACUUUUGUGUGCCGCCAAAUUUCAAAAGUGUGCCGUCAAAUUUUGCGAAUAUAUAAUAAUGUUAAUAUUAUUAAAUCAUAUCAUUUUAAAAGAAAAAUAUUUUAAACAUGAAUAUAAUAAUAUAUUUAAAUCCACAAAAAAAAUAAUUAUAGUAUAUUUUAGUUUAUUUCGUAUAUUAAAAUUUUUUGAUAAACUAUUUAAGCAGUGUGUUGUAGUAAGUAAAUAAUUUUUAUAAUUUUUUUUGUGUGCUGCCAAAUUUUGAAAUCGUUAAAUAUGUGCCGCAACAAAAAAAGGGUUGAGAAUCACUGCACUAGAUAUAUACAAAAGCUCUGCGUAAAACUUAGUAGUUUUAUUUUUAUUUUUUAUUUAAUUGUUUUAAAACAAUGUUCCUUAAUGAUUGCUUUAUUUUAAAAUCGCAAAACGGGCCUUUACGUUCCGUUAAUCAAUACGAAUCUAUAUGAAGGAUUAGGUUUAAUUUUGCAAGGAGUUUAAACAUUUUCUAUAUAUAAUGAAUACUGUUUACUCGCAUAUGAGUCGUCUAUUAUCAAAGGUGGCAAUCUGUGCAUUUGGACAAAAACUUUUUAUUGAUAUGUCAAUACAGAUUGAUUUGAAUAUAAUCGUCUCCUUCAAAGAAUACGGUUCAAAACCUGCAUUAAAUAAAGGUUAAUAGUUAACCUGUUAUUUAUGUAAGAUGUCGUUCGGAAGAGUUUUGUGACUGCCAAUGGAAUACAAAGUCAAUAAUUCGUUUUUCUGAUUUACCAAUAAUUGUCCAAAAGUCACAUUGCCGGCUUUGAUAAUAGUCGACUCAUAUAGUGUUCGUCUGUAUCAAAUGUUUUCUCCCUUCUUGUGGAUGAACAUCAAACCUUUUAAGCCUUCAAACCAAAAACGACCAUACAUAUAAAUAAAUAGCAAUAUAAUUUGCGUAACGUUGUAACGGGAUAUAGCGUGUUGUUAUAAGCUUGUCGUUAUAAGCUAUAAUUAGUAUUAGCGAUUUUAGCUACAAUUGGUGCAGCCCUUAACAAUCCUGUUAAAUCUCGUUAUGACGUAACGUUAUGAACAGGGCGGGUCGGCGGUGUCGCCUUAAAUAAAAACACGAUUUUUCCUAUCCUUAUAAAUGUCUUAAAAUAGAUUUAUUAAUCAAUCAAUUUACCUAGAAACUUUGUAUCAAAGUUAAAAAAAUAUAUUUUGGCGAUUUUGAAACUUUUUCAGGCAAAUGAGUAAAUGAUAUGACAUUUUAUAUUUUAUUCUUUAAAAUGUCAUUUCAACUUAAAUUAAUUAUCUGUGAAAGUUUCAAUAACAAUCUCGCACAUUAUUUUAGCCACAGAAAUAUUCUUUUAUGAAAAAAUGUAUUCUUUACAUCUUGUAUUAAAAACAACGAUUGAUAGUAUUUUGUUAGAUGUGUGUCGGUCACUGACCUCGCCAAAACUUAUAGGAUGCAUAGAAUCAUGAAAUUGUUUAGAUUAUGAUUCUGUGUCUAAAUAUUUGGCGUGUUUGAAGGUUUUUGCCGGCAUUCUUGAAGGAUAUAUCCGUGUUUCGAUUUAAGUUGACGCCGCAGUGAACCUGUAAUAUUGGUUCUCUUUACGUCUAGUUAGGUAAUAACGAAAUUAAAUUUUAUUAUUCUUAUUUUUCUUGUAUCCUAUUAGUAUUUUUGUAUAUAAUUUGCUAUUAUCAAAUUUAAAGAAAAAUAUGUGAUUACAUUUUUUGAUUUUUAUUUUACGUUUUACGUAACAAAAUAAAGACAGAGCUCGUUUUCAGUUU